UGACCCGCUCUAGGCGGAGCCGGUGUAAUACACUGUGUCUGUGCACCGGGUUGCUGAAGGUCGUGCUGGUAGACAUGGCGGACUUUGAUUCUGAAAUUGACCUGUCCGGUCUGGGCGCCAGCGCGUCGGAUAAGGCGGACCUGCAGAGGAUGCUGGCGGUGGAGCAGCAGAAGGCUCAGUUUACGGCUCAGGUGCACACCUUUAUGGAUGUCUGCUGGGAUAAAUGCAUGGACAGACCUAGCAACAAGCUGGACUCACGAACUGAAGGCUGCUUAGUGAACUGUGUGGACCGAUUUAUUGACACAACCCUUUCCAUCACCAAUCGCUUUGCUCAGAUUGUUCAGAAAGGGACACACUGACUUCUCUUUCCUGAUGUUAUGGACUCAAAAUCAUUUUCUUGGUAGCAAAUAACCAAUUCAUUACAUUUCUUGGAGCCUGGCUCAUUGUACUGAUAUACAUAGUUUCAUUUUUAUGAGUCGGUGCAUAAAUAUGCAAAAUCUGUUUUAGAGUGUCAAAUAAAAUGCUCAGAACCAUUGUUACACAUA